CGAGGCCCCCGCUGGCCGCCCGCGGCUGAGACGCCCCACCCCACCCCGCCCCGCCCGGAGCGGCCCGCCCCGCCUGGCCCUGCCCUGCUCCCUGCCGGCUGCAGACCCGGCGUUUCCUAGUCGGCGCGGGCAGCCGCCCAGAAGAGGUGCGGCCUCCGCACAGGCGGGGGGCGUCGGCGCCGCGGGGCCCGCCAUGGCCGCGUCGGAGCUUUACACAAAGUUUGCCAGGGUUUGGAUACCUGAUCCCGAGGAAGUUUGGAAGUCAGCAGAGUUGCUCAAAGAUUAUAAGCCAGGAGAUAAAGUCCUCCUGCUUCACCUUGAGGAUGGAAAGGAUUUGGAAUAUCGUCUAGAUCCAAAGACGAAGGAGCUGCCUCACUUAAGAAACCCUGACAUACUUGUGGGUGAAAAUGACCUCACAGCCCUCAGCUAUCUUCACGAGCCUGCUGUACUCCACAAUCUCAGAGUCCGCUUUAUUGAUUCCAAACUUAUUUAUACAUAUUGUGGUAUAGUCCUAGUAGCUAUAAAUCCUUAUGAGCAGCUGCCUAUUUAUGGAGAAGAUAUUAUCAAUGCAUACAGCGGUCAGAACAUGGGCGAUAUGGAUCCACAUAUCUUUGCAGUAGCUGAAGAAGCUUACAAGCAAAUGGCCAGAGAUGAACGAAAUCAGUCCAUCAUCGUAAGUGGAGAGUCUGGGGCAGGAAAAACAGUUUCAGCUAAGUAUGCCAUGCGAUACUUUGCAACUGUAAGUGGUUCCGCCAGUGAAGCCAAUGUUGAGGAAAAGGUGUUGGCAUCCAACCCCAUCAUGGAGUCAAUCGGAAAUGCUAAGACAACCAGGAAUGAUAAUAGCAGCCGUUUUGGGAAGUACAUUGAGAUUGGUUUUGAUAAGAGACAUCGAAUCAUUGGUGCCAAUAUGAGAACUUACCUUUUAGAGAAAUCCAGAGUGGUGUUCCAGGCAGAAGAGGAGAGAAACUAUCAUAUCUUCUAUCAGCUUUGUGCCUCAGCAAAGUUACCUGAAUUUAAAAUGCUGCGAUUAGGAGACGCAAAUAACUUUCAUUACACGAAGCAAGGUGGCAGUCCUGUGAUUGAAGGAGUAGAUGAUGCCAAGGAGAUGGCACAAACCAGGCAGGCCUGCACUUUGCUAGGAAUUAGUGAAUCUUAUCAGAUGGGAAUUUUCCGAAUACUUGCUGGCAUCCUUCACUUAGGCAAUGUUGGAUUUAUGUCUCGAGAUUCAGACAGCUGCACAAUCCCUCCCAGGCAUGAACCUCUCAGCAUCUUCUGUGACCUCAUGGCUGUGGACUUUGAGGAGAUGUGUCACUGGCUCUGCCAUCGGAAGCUGGCUACUGCCGCGGAGACAUACAUCAAGCCCAUCUCCAAGCUGCAGGCCACGAAUGCCCGCGAUGCACUGGCCAAGCACAUCUAUGCCAAGCUCUUUAACUGGAUUGUAGAUCAUGUCAAUCAGGUUCUCCAUUCUGCUGUCAAACAGCACUCUUUUAUCGGCGUGCUGGACAUUUAUGGAUUUGAAACAUUUGAGAUAAAUAGUUUUGAACAGUUCUGCAUAAAUUAUGCAAAUGAAAAACUACAGCAGCAAUUCAAUAUGCAUGUCUUCAAAUUAGAACAAGAGGAAUAUAUGAAAGAACAAAUUCCAUGGACACUCAUAGAUUUUUAUGAUAAUCAGCCUUGCAUUAAUCUUAUAGAAUCUAAACUGGGCAUUCUAGAUUUGCUGGAUGAGGAAUGCAGGAUGCCUAAAGGCACAGAUGACACUUGGGCCCAAAAAUUGUACAACACACAUUUGAACAAAUGUGCGCUCUUUGAGAAGCCCCGUCUAUCAAACAAAGCUUUCAUCAUCCAGCAUUUUGCUGACAAAGUGGAAUACCAGUGUGAAGGCUUUCUGGAAAAGAAUAAAGACACUGUUUUUGAAGAACAAAUUAAAGUCCUUAAAUCAAGCAAGUUUAAGAUGCUACCAGAAUUAUUUCAAGAUGACGAGAAGGCCAUCAGUCCAAGCUCAGCCACCUCUUCAGGGCGCACGCUCCUUACCCGCACUCCUGCAAAGCCCACCAAAGGCAGACCAGGCCAGGCGGCCAAAGAGCACAAGAAAACGGUGGGGCACCAGUUCCGAAACUCCCUUCACCUGCUUAUGGAGACCCUGAAUGCCACUACCCCUCACUACGUGCGCUGUAUUAAGCCUAACGACUUCAAGUUCCCAUUCACGUUUGAUGAGAAGAGGGCAGUACAGCAGCUGAGAGCGUGCGGUGUCCUGGAAACCAUCCGAAUCAGCGCAGCAGGUUUCCCCUCUCGGUGGACUUACCAAGAAUUUUUCAGCCGCUACCGUGUCCUAAUGAAGCAAAAAGAUGUGCUAAGUGAGAGAAAACAAACAUGCAAGAAUGUUUUAGAGAAACUGAUAAAGGACAAGGACAAAUACCAGUUUGGGAAGACAAAGAUCUUUUUCCGUGCCGGUCAAGUGGCCUAUCUGGAAAAAUUGAGGGCAGACAAAUUGAGGGCUGCCUGCAUCCGGAUCCAGAAGACGAUCCGAGGGUGGCUGCUGCGGAAGAAGUUCCUGCGCAUGCGCAAGGCUGCCAUCACUGUGCAGAGAUACGUGCGAGGCCACCAGGCCCGAUGUUAUGCUAAGUUCCUGCGCAGAACCAAGGCAGCAACCAUCAUUCAGAAGUACUGGCGCAUGUAUGUAAUCCGCCGGAGGUACAAGAUCUGGCGGACUGCCACGAUCCUCCUUCAGUCUUACCUUCGAGGCUACUUGGCCAGAAAUAGGUAUCGCAAGAUACUCCGUGAGCACAAAGCAGUCAUCAUUCAGAAGUGGGUCCGGGGCUGGCUGGCUCGCACCUACUACAAGAGGAGUAUGCACGCCAUCAUCUACCUUCAGUGCUGCCUCCGGCGGAUGAUGGCCAAGCGCGAGCUGAAGAAGCUCAAGAUCGAGGCCCGCUCCGUGGAGCGCUAUAAGAAGCUCCACAUUGGCAUGGAGAACAAGAUCAUGCAGCUGCAGCGCAAAGUUGACGAACAGAACAAAGACUACAAAUGCCUCAUGGAGAAACUGACCAAUCUGGAAGGAAUAUACAACUCUGAGACCGAGAAACUACGAAGUGACUUAGAACGUCUUCAACUAAGUGAGGAAGAAGCUAAGAUUGCUACUGGACGUGUCCUCAGUCUGCAGGAAGAAAUUGCCAAGCUCCGGAAAGACCUGGAACAAACUCAGUGUGAGAAAAAAUCCAUUGAAGAGUGUGCUGAUAGAUACAAACAAGAAACUGAGCAGUUGGUAUCAAAUCUGAAGGAAGAAAAUACUCUGCUGAAGCAGGAAAAAGAGGCCCUCAAUCACCUUAUCGUGGAGCAGGCUAAGGAGAUGACAGAGAUGAUGGAAAAGAAGUUAAUAGAAGAAACAAAACAACUGGAACUCGAUCUUAAUGAUGAAAGGCUGAGAUAUCAGAACCUUCUGAAUGAGUUCAGUCGCUUGGAAGAACGAUAUGAUGACCUCAAGGAAGAGAUGACUUUGAUGAUUAAUGUGCCUAAGCCUGGACACAAGAGAACGGACUCCACCCACAGCAGCAAUGAGUCCGAAUACACCUUUAGCUCUGAAAUUGCAGAAACUGAAGACAUUCCAUCAAGGACAGAGGAGCCAAGCGAGAAGAAGGUGCCUCUGGACAUGUCAUUGUUCCUCAAGCUCCAGAAGCGGGUCACAGAGCUGGAGCAGGAGAAGCAGGUGAUGCAGGAUGAGCUGGACCGCAAGGAGGAGCAGGUGCUCCGAAGUAAGGCAAAGGAAGAAGAAAGACCACAAAUUAGAGGUGCAGAACUGGAAUAUGAGUCACUCAAGCGUCAAGAACUAGAAUCAGAAAACAAAAAACUGAAAAAUGAGCUGAAUGAGUUACGCAAGGCCCUUAGUGAGAAAAGUGCCCCCGAGGUGACCGCUCCAGGUGCACCAGCCUACCGUGUCCUCAUGGAGCAGCUGACCUCUGUGAGUGAGGAGCUCGAUGUCCGCAAGGAGGAAGUCCUCAUCUUGAGGUCUCAACUGGUGAGCCAGAAAGAGGCCAUCCAACCCAAGAAUACAAUGACAGAUUCCACAAUACUUUUAGAAGAUGUACAAAAAAUGAAAGAUAAAGGUGAAAUAGCACAAGCAUAUAUCGGUUUGAAAGAAACAAACAGAUCAUCUGCUAUGGAUGGCCAUGAGUUGAAUGAGGAUGGAGAGCUGCUGCUGGUUUAUGAAGGGUUGAAACAAGCCAACAGGCUCCUGGAAUCCCAGCUGCAGUCGCAGAAGAGGAGCCAUGAGAAUGAGGCCGAAGCCCUCCGCGGGGAGAUCCAGAGCCUGAAGGAGGAGAACAACCGGCAGCAGCAGCUGCUGGCCCAGAACCUGCAGCUGCCCCCAGAGGCCCGCAUCGAGGCCAGCCUGCAGCACGAGAUCACCCGGCUCACCAACGAGAACCUGUAUUUUGAGGAAUUAUAUGCAGAUGAUCCUAAGAAGUAUCAAUCAUAUCGGAUUUCACUUUACAAACGGAUGAUUGAUUUGAUGGAACAACUCGAAAAACAAGAUAAGACUGUCCGGAAACUGAAAAAACAACUGAAAGUAUUUGCCAAAAAAAUUGGUGAACUAGAAGUGGGCCAAAUGGAGAACAUAUCCCCAGGACAGAUCAUUGAUGAGCCCAUUCGUCCAGUCAACAUUCCCAGAAAAGAAAAGGAUUUCCAAGGAAUGCUGGAAUACAAGAAGGAGGAUGAGCAAAAACUUGUUAAGAACUUGAUUCUGGAACUGAAGCCACGUGGUGUAGCAGUCAAUUUGAUUCCAGGGUUACCAGCGUAUAUCCUGUUUAUGUGUGUUCGACACGCUGACUACCUGAAUGAUGAUCAGAAAGUAAGGUCGUUGCUAACAUCAACAAUAAACAGCAUCAAAAAAGUAUUAAAGAAAAGAGGUGAUGAUUUUGAAACUGUCUCCUUCUGGCUUUCUAACACAUGCCGAUUUUUGCACUGUUUGAAGCAGUACAGUGGAGAAGAGGGCUUUAUGAAACACAACACAUCUCGCCAGAAUGAACACUGCCUCACCAAUUUUGACCUGGCUGAGUACCGACAGGUGCUAAGUGACUUGGCCAUUCAGAUCUACCAGCAGCUCGUGCGGGUGUUAGAGAACAUCCUUCAGCCAAUGAUCGUCUCCGGAAUGCUAGAGCAUGAAACCAUUCAGGGUGUGUCUGGGGUGAAGCCCACAGGGCUAAGAAAGCGAACCUCCAGCAUUGCUGAUGAGGGUACCUACACACUGGACUCCAUCCUACGGCAGCUCAACUCCUUCCACUCAGUCAUGUGUCAGCACGGCAUGGACCCCGAACUGAUCAAGCAGGUGGUCAAGCAGAUGUUCUACAUCGUGGGGGCCGUCACACUGAACAACCUCCUCCUCCGGAAGGACAUGUGCUCCUGGAGUAAAGGCAUGCAGAUCAGGUACAAUGUCAGUCAACUAGAAGAAUGGCUGCGUGACAAGAAUCUGAUGAACAGUGGGGCUAAGGAAACCCUGGAACCUCUCAUUCAGGCUGCUCAGCUUUUGCAAGUGAAAAAGAAAACAGAUGAUGAUGCAGAAGCCAUUUGUUCCAUGUGCAAUGCUUUAACUACUGCCCAGAUUGUCAAAGUGUUGAAUUUGUAUACUCCAGUUAACGAGUUUGAAGAAAGAGUCUCUGUGUCAUUUAUUCGUACUAUACAGAUGCGUUUACGAGACAGGAAAGACUCUCCUCAGCUGCUCAUGGAUGCUAAACACAUCUUUCCUGUCACCUUUCCUUUUAACCCAUCUUCCCUUGCACUAGAAACCAUCCAGAUUCCAGCCAGCCUGGGCCUGGGAUUCAUAUCACGGGUCUGAAAGUGAUAUCAAGGAAAAUAUUGACAAUACAAUACUUGCCUGAAAUAACCCAUUAUUUCAAGUGAGGUACUGAAAACACAUUUUAAAAGAGAUAGUACUUAUUAUCUCCCAAACAAGAGGUUAUUGACUGGAACUCCCCCUAGAAUACUUUUCAUCAUCUUGGAAAGAAAGAUAGGCUCCUUUGUGCUGUGUUACCUUUUAACAACACUCAUCCUUGAUCAGUUAGGUAUCUGCAGUUGACGUGCAGGUGAAUGAUGGAAGGAAGGAAAAAAAUGUGUCUUCGGCUGCCAGCAUUUAUUUUAAAUCCUUAUCACUGCAUCUAAAUGAUAUCAAAAACCUAAAUUCCAGAUAUGAAUAUGAGCUGUUGUUAGAAAGGUACCCUCCUGUGUGCUAACCAGAAGAAUUGAAGGAAAAAUCAUCACUGAGUACAUAUCAUACCAGUUUAGGAAUCAAUUAUGUUGCUACUGUCCAACUGGAACAAAGAAAUAAACUGACAAUAUGUAAAGUAACUGGCCAAGUAGCUCCCUUCUAUGUGUCACUAUGAUGUAGAGAUACUAAGAGAAUGUUGGUUUGCUAUAGAGCAUGGAAGUCCGUUUGUACCAUAGUUUACUGAGCAUUUUAAAUUGCUGCUACAUACUAUGUUCUUUAAAAUGUAAGCGAUAUUCAUAUUAGGCACUACAAUAAUAAGCUUCUGUUUUAUCAACUCUGUUUACAGUUCAAUCAGAUCAGUUUUAACUGGAUUAUGUGCACAUAGCUACAGAUUCACCUGCACAAGUAGCAGACACUGGGAAGUCAUGUAGUAAUAUGACACAAUGUUUGACAUUUAGGGAUAGGAUUAGGCAAAGUGGCUAUUGAUGUUGAUGUCCUUUUUUCAGGAUGUGUUACAUUGAUGUGCUCAUUAAUUUUCCCUGGGCGCAUAUCACAUCAGGGUACAGUGUUCUGUGAAGUGACCUAUUUUUAGUUAUCAGAUCUGCUUCCUGCAGUGCAUAUUUUCAACCUUGACAGGUUUUCUUUCUUCUUAAUUUAUUAAGAAUUAAUGUCAGUCAAUAUCUAGCGAGGAUUGUCAGAAUAUUCAUGAUUUAGGUCUUGAAAUCUUAAUUAUUUUAUAAAUUAUGCAAAAGAAAGUAUAUAAUAAAUAAUUAUGAUUCCAUUUUUUAGGCUUUGCAACUUCUAUAAAUGUUCUCAAUGCCACUAGAUACUUUAAAGAGCAUCAUAUUAGAAAUACAUUGACCUAUAUAAAAGUAUAAGGAGAUUGCUGAAUUUUACAGAGGAUUUGGUUUAAUAAGACCCAGAUUCUAUAUGUUUUCAUUCUGAAAUUCUAAUUAAACGUAGUCUCCAUUUUUCCUACAAAUCUUAUACAAUAAAUGUUUCAGGUUGUGCAAAAGCAAAUUCUUAGCUUUCUUUAGAAACUUUGGUUCUGAAUUACAAUCAUAGAUUUAUAUAAAUUAACUAUUAGAUGAUCUAUAAAAAAGACAUCUUAUUAAAAUAUGUGCAAUAUUAUAAAUGCAAGUAAAACAUUUUCAAAUCAGUGAUAAAUAUUGCUAUUAAAAGACAAAUUCUGUCUGUUAACUUAUUUGGGCCUCAAAUUCCUCAUUUAUUCAGUGAGAGUGUUAGACAGCUGGUUCUUAAGGUCCCUUCCACAUCUGAAGUUCUCUCCUCGCCGUACCUGAACCACAGAGAAAUGAGAUGCAGGUACUCAGUAAGGUUACCCUCUAAUGGAAAGACUAGUGUUUGGUGCCUGUUAAUUUUGAGGGAUUAAUAAAAUGUAAAAUCCCAGGUUUGUGUAGCUGUAAUCUUUCUUAAAUGUACAUGAUUUAUGUACAUGCUUUUUCAACGUUAAUGAGUUUAGGUAGUUUUUAUUGAAUUGUGCACUGCUGUAUUCAGUUUGGAUACAUUUAUUCAUUUGCAAAACCAAGAAAAAUACUAACUCAAUCCGAUUUUCUCUAUUUUCCCUGGUUGUCAAUGUGGUUUUCAAUGAACUGUUGAAACCACGUGGUUAGUACUGAAUCUGUCAGAGUCUUAAGAACAUAGAUGGGACUUGGGUGGGAGAGAUGCUCCAAAAAAUGCCACCAUGAUUGUAGGCUCUCCCCGUCAGACCUAGAAAUCCUCCCAGGCCCUUUCCCAGCUCAGUCCUGUGUAGCAUGUCCUGUACACACCCUGAGUCUCGUCAGGUCUUCAGGAUCACGCUCUAGCUUCCACUGCCACUGCAGCCCUUUAUCUUUCCUGCAGACAGCUCAUAUCCCGAAGCAUGUCUUGUCUGGGCCUUUCUCUCUCUCCUGUCUUCCAUCUUUCUGCUGCAAAGUGCUGGAGCCUCUGUUCCACACCUGGGCCAGAGUCUCUCCUGUUCAGGGAUGGCCACACAAAGAUUAUGAUAUUUCAGGGCUCCAACUUCCUCCAAGGCCUAUCUAGAACCCCAGAAGCGGAUCUGAAUUAAUUUCUCUUAGUGGUCUGAAGAUCUUUAGUCAUAACAGAAAUACCUUACAACCAGGGAACCCCAAGUCCUGGUAAGUCAUUCUGUGUCCUACUUUCUUGAGGAUGCAGAAAUAUUCUGCUGACUGUGGGUAUCCUUGGCUCUGAGGACUGCUCACCUUUCCCUUUGUCCAUCCACACUUUCUCACCCAGCUUCAAACACACCUGCACCAGCCCUCCACUCCGUCCACCCACUCAUUUAUCUGCUCACUCUGUCCCUUCCUUCAGCCACAUCCUGUGUCCCAUUGCCUGUCCACUCACCUGCUCUGACUCUUUUGAAGGCUGUGGGUGAAGGCAGUCCUCAGUUGCCCCACUGGCCUGCCUGGGGGCUUCCCUUCAGGCCACUCUUUGCAUGAGUUCUUGCUGUUCUCACUUCUCUGCAGUACGAUCUUUAGCAUUAUCACUAAUUUGCUUUUUCAUAAUUCCUCUAUGACAUACAAUAGGAAUUCAAAGAAAGAAUUAUUUGAGAAAGCAACAGUUCAUUGUUUUAAUAGCCCCUUCUCAAUAGUCUCCUCCCCACUCACUGUACAGAGAAACUCAGCUCACACCUUGGAAAGCAAAGCUGAAAACUUAGAAGCAGUUUUCCUUCUUGUAGCUUUUCUUAGGUUACGGCUUUGCUCUGCCUGAGAGUAACUAUAAUGAAGGGGAAAGAUGAGUAUGGGGUAAACUCCAUGAAGUGUAGCUUCAUUAUUCCUUUGGAAGCUGUGAAAAUGCACCUGACACUUCUUUCAUCAAUUGCAAAAGUACAACAAUAUAUAUUCCAAAGCCAACUGAUAGGAGAUUUGGGGAUUCGGGCCAGUUUGUGUCAUUUACUUUAUUAUUUCCUUCAUUUUAAUGGAUAAUUGAGAGUUGUCUCUUUCUGAGUAAGUGAUUAUGUAUAAUAUAGAUCAAAUCUUUUAAUAACAGUGGCGGAGGCCGUGAAAAUAUUUUAUUAGAAUUUCAGUAUAGUGAUUGUUGUGAGAAAUGACUUCCCUGGUAACCCUAGGUAAAAGGGCAUCUGGCACCAUCCUGAGAUGUCCUCAUAUUCUCUCUCUCUCUCUCUCUCUCUCUCUCUCUCUCUCUCUCUCUCUUACACACACACACAGAGUCUUCAGUAUCUUCAACUAUUUAGAAUAAAACAGAAAGCAAAAUGUCAUGUGUGGCCCUUCAGUUCUCCUGGUGAAAGGUAAUGUAGAGACAGUACCUCGUGUCUGGCUAUGCUUCACUUCAGCCUUUCUCUGUUACCUCAUUGUGUCCUCACAGCAGCCCUAGAAGGUAGAAGGGCAGCUAGUACAGUCCUUAGCUGAUGAUAAUUUGAGAGAGAGAUAAGGGCAGUGACUUGCCUGAGGUCACUCAGCCCUCCAGCUGUGCUGUCUUCCCAUAUGCAGCAGUGGCACUGAGGGCACAUGCGGGGCAGGAGACUUUAGAAAGUCCUGAGGUUCCAUUCUGUUCCUCCUGGUACCUGUGGGGUGCCCCAGUCCAGCAAGAGGUGCUCCUUUUCCUUAUCAGAGUUGGCAACUGGCAUAUGGGAGGUGAGGAAAUGAUGGGUACCAAGUUCUUGGUGCUAAUCAGUUGGGGUGCCUUGUGGUUUCCUCUUUGUCGUAGUUACCUGCUAUAACUAGGUUUGGCUUUUGUAAUGAAUCAGUGCCCCCCUGGAGGGUACAGUACUCUGUUUUGGUCAUUAAUUAGUAGCAAGCUCUCCCAGCCUGACCAGAAGCGGUGAGAGCCUCCCAAAAGAAAAGAGGAAGUCGCUCUCAACACACAGACCUCAGAGUCACUGUCAGAGCCACCAGGUGAGCUGUGCAGCCUGCAGAGAACCUGCAGCUGCAGGCCAAGCCCCUGGGUCCCUUCUGAGGGCUGUCUCCCAGGCAGGCCAUACAUAAGUCAGUGUGUAGUUGAACAUGACGGUGUGUGCAUGCUUCCAGUGUUGGCUUUGGAGCCAAGAGGUGUGCUGUGUGCAUGUGUGUUAGAGAAGCUCAGUGUAUGGGUAAGUGCAUUGUGAUUUCUUCUCAGGCUGUGCUGUGAGGGCCGCCUUAACCCCUGCUCCCUUCCCUCCUAGAGCUGCCUUAAGUUCUCUGGAACUUCUCCUCUGUAAGGGGAUGUCUUGCCUGGAAAGGAUAUCUUGCCCUGUUUCUCAAGGUGUUGUGAGGGUUUGGGUGGGUGUGGCCUCCUUUCUUCCUUCGUUCCCUUUCUGCAUGACCCUCCCCUCCUGUUACUUCUCCUUCCUUUCUUUUCUCUCAUUUCCAAACAGGUAUUAGAACUGUGAGGCAGCAGCAAUCUCAGAGCCAAUGAAAUGUGGUCUGAGAGAGUGUUUCCUGAGGUUAGGGGGCUCUGUGUUACACUUAAGCAAAUGAAUAUAUGGAAGAAAUAUAGAGAUAAGUUAGAUUCUUGGUAAUAUUUAAAUGGCUUGUUUUCCACUGAACUGACCUGUGCUUAGUAAAGCUAAAAGGUAUAACUGUAAAAUCUUUCAUGGACAUUCAUUAAAAAAAAUUUUGAGAACUCUUUACCCAUAUCAAAGAUGGAGUGAAAACAGGAAAAAGUGCUAUAAAUUCUAAUUCAUUGUAUUCAGUAUUACCCUAAAUUAAGUGAACCUGAGGUUACAGUAGAUUUCUCAAUAGAUCAGGAACUGAAAAGCACUAUGUAAAAUAUCUGCCAAAAUGCAUUUUAUACAUUUUUUUUAAAUUUUAUAAUUUGGUUUAGCUAAAAUGUUCAUUAGCUCAAUUUAAUGGGUGUUAUUAGAUUCAUUAAGGUGUCUGAAAAUUACUAACAUUUCCUUAGUAUUGUAAUGUUUCUUGAAAUAUUUGAAAGAAAAAAUGUUUUUUGAGUUGAAUCUGGUAUGUGCAAUUCAGUGCUUGGUAGGUCAGUACAUUUUCAUGGCAUUUUUCAGAGUCAGUAGUUUUAAAUAUUGUCAUUAUAUGUUAUAAAACUUGGUCGACAUUUCAGGCUCUCUACAUGAGCCAUUUAAUUUUAUCCAACAUAUGCUGAAUUUUUCCUUUAAAUGUGGGUAUGUGUGUUAUAAUUUAUGAUUCCUAGUUAUGUAUUUUUGUGGAACACUGGAGUUAGGUUGAUUUUCAUGUGUCCUUGGAAAAUUUAAAUUGCUCUAACAGUGUUGCACAGAAAUGAGCUUAUGACAUUUAAUAUAUUGUAUUUUGAUUACUAACUUUAAUUGUUAACUUACUGUGAAAUGGAUAUGCCUUUUAACUACAA